AUGGAUGUGUUUAUUGUGAGCUAUGGAAAAAUUGUAUCCACAAAGGCAAUUCUUGACAAAAACACAAAUCAAUGCAAAGGUUAUGGUUUUGUAGAUUUUGACAGUCCUGCAGCUGCACAGAAAGCAGUAGCAUCCCUCAAGGCAAAUGGUGUGCAGGCACAAAUGGCCAAGCAACAAGAGCAAGACCCAACAAAUCUCUACAUCUCAAACCUCCCCAUUUCUAUGGAUGAGCAGGAACUUGAGAAUAUGUUGAAACCCUUCGGACAUGUCAUUUCCACAAGAAUACUGAGAGACGCUAAUGGAGUCAGCAGGGGCGUGGGCUUUGCCAGAAUGGAGUCUACUGAAAAAUGUGAAGUGGUAAUUCAACAUUUUAAUGGAAAAUAUCUGAAAACACCACCAGGCAUCCCAGCUCCCAGUGAGCCUUUACUGUGCAAAUUUGCUGAUGGAGGACAAAAGAAACGACAGAAUCAAAGCAAAUACACCCAGAAUGGGAGGCCAUGGCCCAGAGAAGGAGAGGCUGGCAUGGCUCUGACCUAUGACCCCACAGCCGCUAUACAGAAUGGAUUUUAUUCUUCACCGUACAGUAUCGCAACCAACCGUAUGAUUCCACCGACAUCAAUCACGCCAUUCAUUGCUGCUUCCCCCGUCUCCACGUACCAGGUCCAGAGUACUUCAUGGAUGCCUCAUCCGCCAUACGUUAUGCAACCAACAGGUGCUGUGAUUACACCAACAAUGGACCAUCCUAUGUCAAUGCAGCCAACAAACAUGAUGGGUCCCCUGACACAGCAGAUGAAUCACCUUUCACUGGGCACAACAGGAACGAUUCAAUCCCAAGACAGGAUUAUGAUACUCCACCAGCUGUUGUGUCAGUAUAUGACUGCUGCUGCUCCUAUGCAAGGGACCUACAUUCCCCAGUACACGCCUGUGCCUCCGACAGCUGUUUCUAUUGAAGGUGUUGUUGCUGAUACCUCUCCCCAGACAGUGACACCUUCGUCCCAGGACACCAGUGCUCAGCAGCAACAGAUAGCAGUGGACACAUCCAAUGAACACGCACCUGCAUAUUCUUAUCAACAGUCUAAACCAUAAACAGAACUGAAGAAUGUCCGUCUGAAACUUUGCCUUGAAUGAAGAACUUCAUUGAACGAGAAGUUAGUUGGCUUCCAGUUUGCACAGGCGUCAAUGGAAGGCUUUUUUUUUUUAAUUUUAUACUUUACUCAAUGAAAACAAAGUUUUUAUGUGCUGUGCAAAUGGUUCCUUCAUGUGGUCUGCCAGUUAUUUUUGCCGUCCUUUUCUUUUUUUUACUUAAAGAAAAAAAAAAAUCCCAGAAGGGGGAAAAAAAAAAAACAUCAAAAGUUGAUGUUUAAUCUGGAAGAACAUUUGAACUCAGAAUUUACCUGAAGGUGUAGAUAGAUUUUUUUUUAAACAAAAUAAAACCUGAUGUCAAGAGGUGGGCAAAAAGAAAUGAAAACAAAUUGUCUUCCUCAGUAAUCAAGCUACUCUUUCUCUUUUGUUUCCUUCUUGUUUAAACCUAGUGGGUUGAUUUUUUUAUUUUAUUUUUUUCUUAGAAAUAUUUAGGUAAGGUUUAUCUUGAAUCUUAAUUGCCUUAAUUUUAAGGACGUCAAAGGCUCUCGAGGCAAGCUGUCAACGUCUUGUUAAAAAAAAAAUCAAAAAGAAUUGAAAUAUUGUGCCAGCUUUAACUGGUACAAAUGUUUAAGACUAUGAGUUUUUAGGGUGAAGAAACUGUACAGUUUAAAAGAAAAUGUUUUUCUUCAUUUGAAGAAAAUUUGUUGAUAAAAGAAACCAUGGCAACGGCAAGAAUUGGGAAAUGCUGGGGCUCCUCAUGAACCUUGUCUCAAGUGUUGACACAAGUCAUUCUAGAAGGCUGAAGCAUUUUACAGUAAAGUUAGUAAUGUUGGUUUAAAAACAACUGCAUUAGAAAUAAUGCGUGUUGGGGGGCAGAAUGCAGAUUUUUUUUAUUUACAAAGCGUGAUUGCUAGCAAAAGCAUUAGUGCUUUUUAUCUGCAGCCUUUUUUAUGAGCUUUACAGAGUUUUUAGUCAGCUUUGCUUGUCACAUUGCAAAACCUAGCUUAAGAGCAUUAAAAAAAAAACUUAAGUAGAUAGAAGCUUAUGGUCAAAAAGUGCAAAAAAAUAAAAAACAAAAAAAGCAAUAGAUAGAGAAAUUGUUGACAAUUUCUGUAGUCUUUCCUAGUUGUGAUCAAAUUCAGCCUAUGGAUGGCCUAUUUUAUACCAAAGAUGAAAUGACACCCUAUUACAGUCCAGACGAUAGACGUUGCUUUUCUUUUCCUUUUUAAAAAUUUUAUUUGACCUAUGUGGCCGGACCAGUUCUUACGUUGUUUAAACUACCUUCCACUGGUGUUUUACAUACUAUGAAACAAAAUUUUCUUUUGGUUUUUUAAAUGUAUGUUUGUUGAUAGUAGAAACUGGCACCUGCAGUGUUCAGCAGUGUCAACAUGAAGAGUCUGGAUGCCGGUUGAGAGAGCAAGGUGGCUUCCAAUUUUGUCAGGUUUCUGGCUCCUUGCGAGCUCUCUUCAGCACUGAAACCUGAAUUGAUGGCCACCAGUAAGCCAAGACACUUGUUCAACAGGUUGGAAUUUCUUUAUGUGAAUUUUGAACUAAUGAUCUUUCCAGAACAUGGUCUUCAAGGUCUCUGAAAGGUUAUUUGUCAGAAAAGCUUAGUGAUAUUGUGUAAAAUGCAAAGUGGUGUCCUGAGAAGGUCUCGCUGUGUUUGUAACAAUAGUCUUCCUGCUAUAUUCCAACACCUCCAGGUUUUGUCUUCUCAACUGUCUUUGUCAUCAUCCACUAUGAAUAGCCAGCUUGAUUCUGCAGUUGGAGAGGGGGUAUCUUCUUCUUGCCUAUUUUCAUACCUAGGUGUUGCUGAAAGACAACAUAGACCUUUACAUUUCAGUUUAAUUCUCUGAGGCAAGUGGAGCCAUUGAGACUGAAGAUUUUAUUAAUGGAACAUAGACAGGCUCUUAAAAUGCUAGUGGACAAUCAAGAUAUUUUAUGAUUUAUAUCAAUAAGAACCAAAAGGAUUAGGGUUGAUCAAUCACUAAAGCCAAAGGAGAUAUUUGCAUUUAGAAUGAUGCAAAACUUUGUCUAAAAUUAAUUAAAUUAACUUACCUAGAAAAUGUCCUU